GUUCACACGAUCAAAGAUGGGGAAUGUACUCGCGGCUUCACCGUCAAAACCCUCAUCUCCCAGCAAUGUUGCAUCGAUGCCGCCGCCGCCACCGCUUACGGCAGCUCCCCCUGUUGAACCAAAGCCGCAGCCGGAUGAAAAACCAUCCAAUAGCAACCCUGGAACGUAUGAAGAUCUACACAAGUCGUGUAAAGACGUCUUCCCUCAGCCGUUUGAGGGCUGUAAACUAGCUAUCAAUAAAGGCCUAAGCAACCACUUUCAAGUCAGCCACACCCUUCAGCUCAGUAGUAUGGGGCCAGGAGCAUAUCAUUUUGGAGCCACCUAUGUAGGAAAUAAGCAGACAGGGCCUAAUGAGGCAUUUCCUGUGUUGCUUGGAGACAUUGACACGAACGGUAGCCUUAAUGCUCAAAUGAUCCAUCAGUUUACCAACAGACUCAGAGGAAAAAUGGUGAUACAGACUCAAAAAUCAGUUUGGGUUCUUGUCCAAAGUGAUGCUGAAUACCGUGGAGAUGACUUCACCGCAAGUCUGACGGCUGGUAAUGUAGAUAUACUCAAUAGUUCUGGCAUCCUUGUGGCUCAUUAUCUUCAACGGAUGGCUCCACGUGUUGAUGUAGGAGGAGAACUUCUCUACCACUAUGGCUCUGGCCAGGAAGUGGCCAUGAUGUCCUGCGCGGGUCGAUACACAGCAGAUGAUUGGAUCGCCUCAGCGACAGUUGGUCAAACAGGAUGGCAUUUAAGUUACUGGCACAAGGGCAAUGAGAAUGUAAAGGUUGGCGUAGAGUAUGAGUAUAACACAAGGGCCCGCGAUAGUUCGGUUAGCGCAGGGUAUCUAAUUGAUGUACCCAAAGCUAAUUUUACAUUUCGCGGAAUGCUGGAUACAAAUUGGACAGUGGCCGCUGUUAUGGAAAAGAGACUUCCUCCAUUGCCAUUCACGUUUUUGUUGAGUGGUAUGGUAAAUCAUACCAAGAAUCAAGCGCGAUUUGGGUUUGGUCUAAAUAUAGGUUGACUGUUGGGUUCAAUGUCAGUAUCUGAGUAGCUCUGUACCUACCCCUCCCUCAGCCUAACAACAUUCAACUGAUACCAAGUUAGGGUUAAUGUGGGACAAGGGGAGGGGUAGGUGAGUUGUUACUUGGAUAUCGACAUUGAUACAAAUAUUGUUGCUAAGAGCAAUAAGAUUUUUUGUUAUUACUUUUAACGGCUUUGUGUGGAUCAAUCAGAUUGUGGAAGCAAACUCUCUCCAGAUUUGGCUUUUUCAGUGCCUACAGCACUGUCACCUUGAAGACCAGCGGGCAGGGUGUUUUUAUUUUACUGGGGACUGGAGUAGGAACUGUUUAUAAAUGGAAUGGCGCAUGUAUAGAUGAAAGAUCCGAUAUAUGUGUGGGGCAAGACUGAAAUUCAUGGUUGCAAAGAACAGAUCUGAAUGAAUUGCUUUCUGAUAAUCUCUGAAUUUCCUUCCUUCGGUGGAAGAGUACAGCUUGAUUAGAAGCUUAAUAAACAGCUCUCAUGUGGUCUUUCUAUAUUUGAA